AACUCCAAUUGCCGACAGGUACAACCAAACUCUUCAAAGCUGCUUAUUUGUCCAAUUUAUUGCUCAAAAUUAAUGUUAAAAUCGGUGGAGCCAAUUUGAAGCUGAGCGAAACGACUCGAUGUUCAAUUUUGAAUGAUAAGACAAUGGUCGUCGGAAUUGAUGUCAAUCAUCCAUCUCCUGGUGAAAAUGCUCGAUCGAUCGCUGCCGUUGUAGGUUCGAUUGAUAAAGAGUUCAGUAAAUAUCGAACUGAAAUUUUCGCUAAUCACGAAAGAGAUGAACUAGUCCAAGUUCACAGUAUGAUCGGACCAAUCAUCGAAAAGUUCAAAGCUUCUCGAGGUUUUUACCCGGAACAUAUUAUCGUCUAUCGUGACGGUGUAUCUGAAGGGCAAUUCGCCCAUGUUAUGGGAAGUGAAAUUCUUCCUCUUCACAAACGGCUUAAAGAGUAUUCUGAUCCUCCGAAAUUGACCUACAUUAUCGUUCAAAAGAGACACAACGCUCGUUUCUUCCCAGUUGAUCCAAGAGAAGGUACAAGAAAUGGAAAUAUGUUACCAGGAUCAGUUAUCGACACUAAUGUUUGUCACUUCAAAUGGUUCGACUUUUAUUUGUGUAGUCAAAAUUCAUUUCUUGGAACUGCUCGUCCAGGAAAAUACACUGUACUUUGGAAUUCGAGCUCUGCACAGGCCGACGAUCUGCAAAUGGCCACUUAUUAUCUUUGUUACCUGUUCGCUCGAGCAACUAAGUCAAUCGCCGAUCCUGCCCCAGCUCGUUAUGCUCAUCAUGCUGCAGCUCGUGAAAAAUUUCAUUACAGAGAAAUUUGUAAGUGGCGACAAUGGACCGACGAAGAAAUGAAUGCUGAGAUUAACAGAGCAAUCAACGUUAACGAAAACUUUAAAAAUAUUCUUUACUUCAUUUAAUUGUCACUUAUUAGCACUCGUUUUAUUUAAAUUGGAAUUCAUUCAGUCUCAAUUCAUCCCCAUGAUUUUUUUUCCCAUUAAUUGAUAUUC